AUGGGUUCUGUGACCACUCAAUUACGAGCCUCUUCCUCUUCUUCUUUCACCCAUUCAUUGGCAUAUGAUGUCUUUCUCGGUUAUAGAGGCGCCGAUGCACACAACAAUUUUACAUACAAUCUGCAUAGCAAGUUGCUUCAACAGGGAAUAAAAACCUACCUUUAUAGAAGAGGAGAAGAAGUUCCAUUGCCAAUGCUUCUCAAAGUUAUUGAAGAAUCAAGGGUUUCAAUCAUCAUAUUCACUGAAAAUUUUGCAUCCUCCGAGUGGUGCUUGAUUGAACUGGUUAAGAUCCUCCAAUGUAGAGAAUCAAAAAAACAAAUUGUUUGGCCAAUUUAUUACAAGGUGGAUCCUUUGGAUGUACGUGACCAGCAAGGUAGUUUUGGUGAGGCAAUUGCUAAUCAUUUUUGCACAUUCAAGGAUAACAUAGAGAAGGUGUUGAGAUGGAGGGCAGCUCUUACAGAAGCAACAAAGUUGUCUGGGUGGUAUUUCUUGCACGGGCACGAAUCUAAUUUCAUUCAUAAGAUUGUUGAAGAGGUUUCAACACAAGUAUUAAACGCACCUAUUUGA